GUAUCUGUUGGAGCAGGAUUUCCCCGGGAUGCGGAUCGGUCCGGAGCCGACCACGGACGGCUUCAUCGCCGUGAUGUACGGUGAGAACGAGGGCAUCGUCCCCGGCAACGCUCUGGUGGUCGACCCCAACAAACCCUUCAGGAAGCUCAACGCGUUCGGAAACUCCUUCCUCAACAGGUUUAUCUGCUCUCAGAUGCCCAAUCAGGUUCUCCAGAGCAUCAGCAUCAUCGACACUCCUGGCAUCCUGUCUGGAGAGAAACAACGCAUCAGCAGAGGUUAUGACUUCACGGAGGUCUUGCGGUGGUUUGGAGAGCGCGUGGAUCGGAUCAUCCUGCUGUUCGACGCUCACAAACUGGACAUCUCUGACGAGUUUUCCGAAGCCAUCCGAGCCUUCAAAGGACAAGACGACAAGAUCCGGGUCGUCCUCAACAAGGCCGACCAGGUGGACACGCAGCAGCUCAUGAGGGUUUACGGCGCCCUCAUGUGGUCGCUGGGGAAAGUGAUCAAUACUCCUGAGGUGGUGAGAGUCUAUCUGGGAUCCUUCUGGGGCAAACCCCUGCAGAACACUGAGAACAGGCGUCUGUUUGAGGCGGAGUCUCAGGAUCUCUUUAAGGACAUCCAGAGUCUCCCGAGGAACGCGGCGCUGCGUAAACUGAACGACCUCAUCAAGAGGGCGCGGCUGGCCAAGGUGCACGCCUACAUCAUCAGCCACCUGAAGAAGGAGAUGCCGUCUCUGUUUGGGAGAGAGAAGAAGAAGGAGGAGCUGAUCAUGAGGCUGCCUGAGAUCUACACCCACCUGCAGAGAGAGCACCACAUCAGCCCCGGAGACUUCCCCAGCGUCACCAAGAUGCAGGACAUGUUGCAGCACUACGACUUCAGUAAGUUCCCGUCUAUGAAGAUAAAGCUCAUCGAGUCUGUGGACAAGAUGUUGGCCACGAAGAUUGCCGGCCUGAUGACGAUGAUCCGUGACGAAGAGUCCAAAGCGCCUCCGGUCCUCGUGUCGGGCGGAGCCUUCGAGGGCUCCCAGGACGGGCCCUUCGGUCACGGAUACGGAGAGGGAAUAUGCGCCGGAUCGGACACGGAGGACUGGAUCGUGAGCCGCGAGAAGCACCGCUACGACGAGAUCUUCUACAUGCUGAUGCCCAUCAACGGCAAGAUCACCGGCGUCAACGCCAAGAAGGAGAUGAUGAACUCGCGGCUGCCCAACACGGUGCUGGGGAAGAUCUGGAAGCUGGCCGACUGCGACAAGGACGGCAUGUUGGACGACGAGGAGUUUGCGCUCGCUCAGCAUCUUAUGAAGGUCAAACUGGAGGGUUAUGAGCUGCCCAGCGAGCUGCCGGAUCACCUGGUGCCGCCGUCACACCGCAAAAACCCCGACGCGGAGGCACUGUACAACAACAGCGAGGACUAGAGCGCGGAGAGGUAAACGAAAGAAGACUGAGCUGAGAGGAAGUCCAAAUGUACAAACUCACCAGCUGAUAUUCAGACUAACUAUCAGCAAACUGACAGAAGAGAUGGUCGAAUUCAAUGUUUAGGAUUUACUCACCGAGGAAUCCAAUCACCUGCUAAUCGCACAGUCAAAUGUAUAAACCAAUUAAUGGCGUUAGGAAGUAAAAACGAAAUAUAAGAUGUAUCUAUAUUGUACAAUUCAGCUGAGCUCAACGCACCAAAGAGGAAAUAAGAUUAUGUAGACGUA